UUUUUGAAAAAUGUCUUACAUGCUUCCCCACCUUUACAACGGGUGGGAAGUCGAUCAAGCCAUCCUCUCAGAGGAAGACAGAGUGGUCAUUAUGAGAUUCGGAUCUGAUGCAGAUCCGACCUGUAUGCAAAUGGAUGAGAUCCUCUUCAAAGUAUCUGAAGAUGUAAGAGAGUUUGCAGUCGUUUAUCUAGUCGACAAUACCGAAGUCCCUGACUUUAACACAAUGUAUGAGAUUUAUGAUCCCUGCACAGUCAUGUUCUUCUACCGGAACAAACACAUUCUGGUUGAUUUCGGUACUGGAAAUCAUAACAAAAUUAACUGGGCUUUCCAUGAUGCCCAAGAAAUGAUUGAUAUCAUCGAAGUUGUCUACAGAGGAGCCAGUAAAGGUAAAGGUCUAGUUGUCUCUCCCAAGGAUUAUUCAACUGAGUACAAAUAUUAG